GGCUGCAUGGCAUGCAAAAAGCGCAGCAAUGCAUGCAUAGAGCAGGCCCCACACGGCGUUAAUAAUUCAACAUAAAUACGAUAGAUCACCGCUGCGCUGCCAGAUGGCACGGCUCCUGCUCCUAGCAGCAGUAGCAAGCAGCCAUGCCAAAAAGCAUCACAAAAACAACACGGAGCUCACGAUCGCCUUCACGAGCGACUUACAUGGAGAGAUCGCACCGCUCAAGCACGCUUCACAAAUCUACGCGUCACUCCCGGAGCCGAAGCUGCUCGUCGACAGCGGCGAUUCGUAUAUUGGCACGGGCUACUUCCGGCGCGCGGGCCCGGCGGGCAUGGGCCGGGUCAUGCGCGCGCUCGGCUAUGCCGUGCUGGGCGUGGGCAACCACGAUUUGGAGCUGGCUUCUUCUUUUCGCAACUUUUCCGCGACGGCACGAGCGCCGCUCGUCUCGACGAACCUCUGCGGCCACUACGAUGCCAUAAAAUGCUCCUCAAUAGUAGAAGUGGGCGACCUGAAAAUUGGAUUUGUGGGCUACUGCGACACGUCGGCGCUGGGGCCGGCCGAGUGGCGGUCUUCGUUGCCAAAGACGUCUUGUGAUCAAAAGAUGACCGAUCGAGUUAUUGAAGAAGCAGUGAAGCUUAAAAGAUCAGUUCAUAUCGUGAUCGCGCUGGGCCACUGCGGCUACGACUUCGAUGUGGAAAUUGCAAAGUCUCAUGUCAUCGACGCGGUCGUGGGGGGACACACGCACCUCGUGAGGCACCGGUCUUCCUUCAAUGAUGGGCCCGUCGUGUUGCAGGCCGGCGCGGCGGCGUCGCAUCUUGGCGUGUUGCGGUUGAGCCUCGCGCGACGAAAGGGCAACGUGACGGUGGUCAGUGCGCGGUCCGAGAUGCAUGCGCUCGAUGCACAUAAACAUAAACAUGAGGUGAUCGACGGCGAACUCUCGAGGCACGCGCCAUCGGUCAAGCCGCCCUGGCGCUCGAUAAAACAAGGCGCCGACGCUCUUGCUUGUAGAGCAUCAGAGUGCGCGAUGGGCAAUCUCGUGGCCGACGCCAUGGCCCGCAGUGCCGCCUGCCACGCGCAGAGACGCGUGCCGUUGAUCGCAUUAAUUGAAUCGGGGUCGGUGCGCGGCGCCGUCAAAGUUGGUAAGUUCGGGCGGGACGAGGCCACCAAUAUCUUGCCUUGGGCCAAUAGAUUGGAGGUCGUGCGCUUUCCAUCAGUAAAUGCUCUAGAGGCGUUUGUGGCGUUCGGGGCUCAAAGCUUGAAGACGACGGGCGGCGGCUUCCUCCAAGGUUCAAAUAACGUGAGGAUCGUCCUGAAUGAUGAUAGAGCUCGCGUGUUUGUGCGGCACUUCGACUGCGCACAAACACAGACGAAGGGCCAGACGUUGACCUUCGACGACACGAAGGUAAAGAGUGCCUGUCCCCAGCGGGGCUUCUCACGACCUACCGGACCGAUCGACGUCGUCGUCACGUCCUGGCUUGCUGGUGGAGGCGACGGCUUCUCUCUCGCGAAUGCUUCCCGUUUACAUCCCCUGCAGCCCGAGUGGCUCAAGGACGUCGACGCCCUCAGGAGGCACGUCGCUAGUCUGCCGGAAGACGCCGUCAUCAGACGAGAAGGGCGCAUUACGUUUGGGGAGUGCGCGGAGCCCAAAGCUCCGGAGAAGCGCGCGCCACCUUUAGUUGCUGGAUUCUUAGGAGCCUUCUCGAUGAUGGCGUCGUUCGUGGCCACCUAUCCUCUGUCUACCUUACAAACAAGAGCGAUGCUCGGCGAGCCGCUUGGCUUGUCCAAUGGGUGUUCAUCGUUAUACCGAGGGGUGGCCUUGGCGGCUCUAGCGGUCUACGCGUCGGGCGCCGUCUUCUGGACGGCCCACGAGUUCCUCAACCAUUUGAGUGGCGAGAAUCAUACUGGAGGCCACGCGCGGCAGGGCGCCAAGACGUUCUUGCUGACGUUCGUCGCGGGGGCCCUGAACGUUUUGGCGACGAACCCCCUGUGGGUCGCCGUGACGCGGUUGCAGGGUGGGUUGUCUGCCUUACCUUCUGUGAGUGAGCGGAAGCGGCGCUGGUGCUGGCCGUGUGCGGGGAUACUGCCGAAUACGGUAUUGGUGCUCUUCCCGACGUUGCGCCAGACCUUGUACGAGGGGUUGCUGCGGGGUGCGUCGGCUUCCACAUUAGAUGCUUCUUCCGGCUUGGUGACGGUCUGCGCGGCCUUUGCUACCUUGAUCGCGGCCACCGCGACGCACCCGCUGCAGUGGUAUAGGUCAAGGUUGCAGGCCGGGCACGGGACUCAUUCUAGAAAUGCGUCGGUCUGGGACGGGCUGUCCAUCAAACUCGUGCACACUGUUAUUUCCAAUACAUUGAUGUACCUCUCGAAGGAGCAGCUCACGCAGUUCGUGCUGCGGACGUUCCUGGCGUAGUAGCCUGUGGU